CUUAUUUCCAAUUUUAGGGUUUUUCGCUCUCCCUCUUUUCUUUCUGGUUCUGCUGUUUUUAGGGUUUAUGAAUUCGGCAACGUCGAUUAUCGUCGGUGACGUUUAUUCUGAAUUCUUGUAUCUGCCUCUCUGACAAUUCGGUUGCGUAAUCUGACAAUUUGACCGAUUUAACGGUCCCUUAGUGAAGUAAUUUGAGCGACAAAUUACGGAAUUUUGGAUUGGGGUUUGGGGGAAUUGGUUUUAUUAGGUCUCACCUCAGCAAGUUUCAGCAUGAAUGAAUUCUCAUAAAAUCAGCAAGAUGGAUGUACAGAGAUACAAUUCAGGCCAAACCUUUGGCCAUAUAUCUAACUACCCGGUGCUGAAUUCAAGUCCCUUUUUGCUGGGAGGGGAUGGUUUACGUGGUCAGUCAAUAAAAUGCCAACUAGGCUACUUGAGUGAUUGGCGCAAAGGUCCUAGAGUUAGCAGCGUUCGUAAUUUGGUUAGGAAAAAAAUUUCUGACAUCUUCUUUCUAAAUACCAAUUAUGUGUUGGGAGAGCUAGCAUCUGAUUUUGUGGGUGUCCUGGAAAACCAGCUAUUUAUGGAGGCUACUUCAGAGGAGGAGUAUGUGAAUGAGGAGACACUGUCUCAUCGGCUGCAAAUUUUACUCCAGCAUAAACUAUAUGAUGCAAACUCCAAUGAACAAGUAGGUUUGCCUUUGUGUACGCCAAUGCCAACUUCAGGGCUGCCUCACGGUUUUUGCGAUUCAGGUUCUGCAGAAACACCUUCUAACUGCUUAAGUGGUACUAGUAAAUAUGACUCCAUUGGUCAUAAUGCUUUCAUAGCUAACAAUGCUGAUCACGUUAACCUCAUCAAAGGGUCCCCUUUUAAUGGUUAUAAGCAGGGAUAUGCCAAUAGAUUCAUUGCUUCCAAUGAAUUGGAUAUGUCUUUUUCGUCAGGCCUAAUGCAGGUUGCUUCUGAGAUUUUUCUUCCUCUUGAGGACGCCUCAGCAUCAAUCACUGCAUAUUCCAAUGCCAAUGAGUUCUCUGUUAUUGGAGGUUUUGAUGAUGGGACAUUCGCUCCUCAAGGGAAUCUGAAUUACAGUUCUGAUAUAUCGUUUGAUUGUCAUGUUCAACAGCAACAUCUUGACCAUGGUCGUUUGGGGAAUGCUCAAUCCAUGGUUUUUCCAUCUACAAUGGGAGAAUUUUCAGCGGUUUCCUCUUCUAACUUGCUGAUCUCCCAACAUAUUCCAAUAGAAGUUCCUGAAGUUUCUAAUAUUCUUCCUGGCAGAAUCUUCAGCAAAGAGAUCUCAACUCUUGAGGAUAUAGUGCAAUCUUGUUCCCUGAUAAUGAAGUCUCAGCAUAACCAAAACCGACCCCAUCCUUCAUAUUUGCAGCCUCGGGUUCCUCCAGAACAGUCAUAUGCUGCUCAACAGUGUGCUUCAGAUGGGCCUAGUUCAGGAAACAUUGAAGAUAUUCUUCCUUCGUCGAAAAGGUUGAAGAUGGAGAACAAAAAUGGAAGUUUUCAUCUUUUGGCCCCUUCAGUUGUUCAACAUUGUGCUCCUGAAGGACUUCCAUAUCUGCAGCACCAAUCUGAAUCUCCUCUAUCUAUUAAUUCUGAGGAUACAGUGCAAUCUUGUUCCCGGAUGAUAAAGUCUCAACAUAACCAAAAACGACCCCUUUGUCCAUAUUUGCGGCCACAGGUUCCUCCAGAACAGUCACAUGGUGCUCAAGAGUACGCUUCAGAUGGACCCAGUUCAGGAAAUAUUGAAGAUAUUCUGCCUUCGUCAAAAAGGUUGAAGAUGGAGAAUAAAAAUGAGAGUUCUCAUCUAUCGGCUCCUUCAGUUAUUCAACAUUGUGCUCAUGAAGGACUUCCAUAUCUGCAGCACCAAUCUGAAUCUCCUCUAUCUAUUAAUUCUGAGGAUAUAGUGCAAUCUUGUUCCCAGAUGAUAAAGUCUCAACAUAACCAAAAACGACCCCUUCAUCCAUAUUUGCAGCCUCGGGUUCCUCCAGGACAGUCAAAUGGUGCUCAAGAGUAUGCUUCAGAUGAACCCAGUUCAGGAAAUAUUGAAGAUAUGUCGCCUUCGUCAAAAAGGUUGAAGAUGGAGAAUAUAAAUGAGAAUUCUCAUCUAUUGGCUCCUUCAGUUGUCCAGCCUUGUGCUCCUAAAGGACUUUCAUAUCUGCAGCAACAGUCAAAAUCUCCUGUAUCUAUUAAUUCUGAAGUAACGCAUGUGGAAAUAGAACCAGCUAAAAAUUCUAUACAAGAUUCCACAGGGAUCAGUGGUGUUAGAAAAUGUGAUUCUGACAAUAUCAAUAAACUGGAUUCCGAAAGUGUGCCUCUUCCUUCUGUAGGAGUAUUUAUUUGUCAUCAGAUGGAGCAAUUAGACCCUACUAGCACUAGUGAAAUUAUAGACAAUGUGAAAGAAGUUCCCGGAGGAAUGGGAUCCAAGAGUUUAUCUUUGCUCUCAGAAGAGCUUAGUGUUGAAUUUAAAGAGGGGGAAGUAAGGACUGAGUUCAUCCAAACAGAGCCAAUACCAGACUCUGAUCUUAAGGAAGUGAUAAAGCCACAGAAUCCAGAGACAAAGGGUGCCCUUUUAACUGAAAUUUACACAGAAGAGCAAAUCAAGGAACAUUUAUCAAGUCUUGGGCAGAGCAUUGAUCAGAGUAUCGUGACGGAAGAAAGAGAAAACAGUGAGAAAGUGUGUCAGUUGUGUGCGUCGGGUAAGCUUUUUUUUGCCCCCACACCAAUCUAUUGCUCAUUCUGUAGUGCCCGUAUCAAGCGCAGUGUAAACUAUUACUGCACACUAGACGAGCAUGAUACACAAUAUUGUGUUUGCACGUUGUGCUAUAAGGAGUCUCGAGGUGGAAAUAUCUCAUUUCGUGGUAUUCACAUUUCAAAGGCAAAACUCAGUAAAAAGAAGAAUGAUGAAGAAACCGAAGAAUCGUGGGUUCAAUGUGAUAAAUGCAAUGGCUGGCAACAUCAGAUAUGUGCUCUCUUUAAUGACAAAAGUGCUUUGGAAGGCAAAGCUGAAUGCAUAUGUCUCAAAUGCUUGUCAAAAGAGACAGAAUGUGGAGAGCUCAAGAACUUACCAAAUAAUGCUGUUUUCAGUGCAAAAGAUCUACCAACUACCAUGCUUAGCGACCACAUAGAACAAAGACUCUUUAGGCGCCUCAAGCAAGAGAGAGAAGAGAGAGCAAAGGUCGAAGGAAAAGAAUUUUUUGAGGUUCCAGGAGUCGAAGAUCUUGUUGUCAGAGUGGUUUUAUCUGUUCAAAAAACACUAAAAGUGAAGCAAAAGUUUUUGGAUCUCUUUCAUGACGAGAAUUACCCUGCUGAAUUCCCAUACAUAUCAAAGGUUAUUCUUUUGUUUCAGAGGAUUGAAGGGGUAGAUGUAUGCCUUUUUGGAAUGUAUGUGCAAGAGUUCGGCUCAGAAUGUAGUCAUCCGAAUAAGCGUUGUGUUUAUAUAUCAUAUCUGGAUUCUAUUAAGUACUUCAGGCCAGAGACAAAAACUGUGAAUGGAGAAGCUCUUCGUACAUUUGUUUAUCAUGAAUUAUUGAUAGCUUACCUUGAGUUUUGCAAGAAAAGAGGUUUUAUUACCUCCUAUAUAUGGGCGUGCCCUCCUGUGAAGGGAGAAGAUUAUAUUUUAUACUGCCAUCCAGAAAUGCAGAAAACACCCAAGCCUGAUAAGCUGCGGCAAUGGUAUCAGUCAAUGAUAAAAAAAGCAGCAAAUGAAAAAAUUGUGGUCAGUUUCACUAAUUUAUAUGAUCGCUUUUUUAUCCCUACUGGGGAAUGCAACUCCAAGGUAACAGCAGCUCGUUUGCCGUAUUUUGAUGGUGACUAUUGGUCUGCCACUGCUGAGGAUGUGAUCAGGAACAUUGAAAAAGAAAGGAUGACAGACUCAAAGAAGAAAGCAAAGAAAACAAUAACAAAGAGAACUUUAAAAGCCAUGGGACAUACCAGUCCUUCUGAUGGCUCUACCAAAGAUAUUCUACUGAUGCAGAAACUGGGGCAGACCAUUUUACCAAAUAAGGAGGACUUCAUAAUUGUCGACAUGCAGUAUGUUUGCUCCCACUGCCAUGAAGCAAUCUUAUCUGGGGGACGCUGGUCUUGCAGUCAGUGCAAAAAUUUUCACCUCUGUGAAAGAUGCCAUGAAGCUGAGCGCAAAAGUUAUGGGAGGGACAUGCACAUAUCAGUCAACAUGGAACAACAUGUGCUUUCUCAGGUUAUGGUGGAGAAUGUGCUUUCUGAUACCAAGGACGAAGAUGUUAUUUCGAACAGUCGUUUACUUGAGAACAGGCAUACUUUCUUGAGCUUGUGUGAGAAAAAUCACUAUCAGUUUGACACACUUCGCCGGGCGAAGUAUUCCUCAAUAAUGAUUCUGCAUCAUCUCCGAAAUGCUACUGUGCUGACUGCUGGGAACACGUGCAGUAUUUGCCAUAAGGAUGCUGUGGUUGCUCAGAGCUGGGUAUGUGAGAUCUGCCCAGAGUUUGGUGUUUGUGCAGCAUGCUAUCAAGAGAAAGGAAGUUCUUGUCACAUUCAUAAGUUGACUCAAAGUUCUACCACAGUUAGCUGUAGGACAGAGAGUCGAGGCUCGCCACAAAAACCAUUGAUGAUAAGGGAACUGCUGGAUGUUUUACAUCACGCACGUAAAUGUUGCUCAACCAAGAUUCAGCCUUGCUCUUACCCAAACUGCCUCAAAAUAAAAAAGCUACUCUGCCAUGCAACAAAGUGCACUGUUCGGACUACUGGAGGUUGUCAAUAUUGUAAGAAGGCAUGGUAUGUGAUAAAUCUGCAUUCGAGAAACUGUAGAGAAUCAAAUUGUGGCAUACAACGGUGCAUGUGAGUUACAUUCUCUGCACUUAGCCACCACCCUCUCCGUCUCCGCAAAGAGGAUAGAAAAAAGAGGUUCUACUGCUUUCUAGGGAUGAGAUCUGAAGAAGCAUGCAGAACUACGGUUGCAGAAUUAGUUGGAUAGUGAACAGCAAAGGUUGCUACCAAUGGAUAGUCUCAAGUGUACAGAUAGGACGGGAUUGUCAACACCAGCAGCCUGGUGUAUAGAAAGUUGAGAAGCAGAAUAAUUUAUGGUUUAGUUUAGCAGGGCUCAAAGAUUUUGUCAAAUAAAAACAAGUAAAUCUCAGUCUGUUACCAACCGCAUGUAUACAAACUUAGUACCUUCAGAAGGGCUGUAAUUUGAGGGCCUGAUUUUCCAAGUUGGUCAUGAGCUACACCCAGAAAAAGCUGGUAUGGAUCCAAAACAAGAUAGGCGUAGAAAAAGUUUGCUUUUAAUAUUUAGAUAAGAUAGUCUAGUUUUGAUGCCUUGACCUCAUUCUUUAGCCCUUACAUACGGUCACCUUUCCUGAAAAUUGUAGUUUUCUUGGACAUCAGUAGAUGAAUACAGGUUUAGAAUUAGGUAAAUCAGAAUUUCUAGUUUGAGGCAAUGUAUAAACUCAUUCUUUAACAUUGACAUUCUGAUAUGAUCUUCCAAUAUUCAACCAUUACUGUAUUUUCUGCAUGUAAAA